AUGAGACUCACUACUCUUCUCUUUACCGCGACGGCGAAUGCAUUCCUCUUGAACUGCAACGGCGGAACCGCUGGCGACGGAGGCUGCGAGGCAAACGGCCUUCACACAUACUGCUGCAACGAGUUUUUCGAGCCUCCGGUGUACAUUAACGUUCGCGACGUCACCGUUCUGUCCAAGAAUCCUCAAGGCAACAGUGACUGCAAGCCGACGGGUACCAACACGGCCGGAAGGGUUUUCUGUGCUGCAUGA